CGGCCUUAGUGCAGAAUCGGCUCUUCAAAAACAUGAGCAUGUGUCGGAGUAAGGAAUUUUGCAUGCUAACAGCCCGGACUUUAGCCGCUGGAUUAUUUCAUGUGAUGUGUGAUUGAGCGAUACUCCAACAAGACUCGACAUCCUAACGUUGUGUUGCUGAAAGCCGCUAUUGAGGCAUCGUCCGCGAGUAUGGUGAAGAAGUUUUUGACAAAGGCAUGCGCACGCUUCCGGCCCAAAAUUGAAGCGGUCAUCGAAGUAGAGGGGGGCUUUAUAUAGAAUAAAAUUGUUUUUUAAGGAUGCCCUAACACAAAUAUAAAAAUAUUUUUCAUACGAUUGUUAUUUUUCAUUAACAUAAAUGAUUCUGAAAACUCACAACGGAUUUGUCCGGAUUCUACUGGUACACCUUGUGUACAUAACACGCACGCGCGCACGCGCUCGCACACACGCGCACACACACGCACACAGAUACACACCACAUUAAUUGUUUAUAAUGAAAACGUCUGCCUUACCCUCUAGUAAUAGUGUUGUAUAUUUGCAAUGUUUACUCUCCUUACAUCUUUUAUAAAAUAUAUCAAUAAAUUUGAGAUCUAUGUAGUUACAUUUAAAAACGAAUAAUGGAAUUGUAUGUAGCAUUGAUCAUUGAAAUAUAGUUCUUUUAUCAACAAAAAUAUUAGAAAAGAUAUAGAAAAAAAAUUUAAGUUUAAUAUUGAUCAAUUUUUUACAAGAUAUUUCAAGGAGGAAUAUCUACUUCAACGCCUCAAAAUAAAGAGCAAUUUUGGGAAUUUUUAGCGAAAUUUCUAGCGAAAUAAUAAAAUAUAUGGAAAUUCGGGCUGAAGAUCUUUAAUAUAAGUAUCUUAAGCUACACAAAAAAAAUUUUUUUUUUUUUAAUUUUUUUCGUCAAGAUGGCUGCGGUGGAGGCUGCGAGUAACACCUUUUUUGGGGUAGGCCUCCGUGGCUUGCAGCAGAAGUGCUGUAAACUUUCACUGAGGACAGAAAGCAAAAUAUUUUUAUAAUCUGCAUUAAAUUUGCUAGAGAAGUACAUAGGCAUAUGUUAAAAUAUUGAUGAUUGUAGAAAUGGUGAACAUUUGAAAAUAAAGUUUUAUUUUGACCAAAAAAUUCAGUGAAAAAGUAUUUAUAAUAAAAAAAGUUGUUAACCGAUCGUAAAAAUCCUCUGUACUUCUCUAGAGAAUUUAGUUCUACAGCUACUGUAAAAAUUUUAAUUGAAUUGGAUAAAAUUUGUUAAAGUUAUGCUGCAAGCCAAUUUGAAAAACGUGAUUUCGAGAAAAACGCGAUUAAAGUUUUGAGUAAUGUUAUUUCAAAUUUAACUAUAGAAAUGUUUAACUUACACUUAAUCUGCAAUGCCUGCACCAUAUAACUGUUCUUCUAUAGCGAUAUUUUCUUCCUGUUCCUUUUUUCUAAAGGAUGUGCCGGCUCUACGAGCUUCCUUAGCGGCAUCUGUAAAUGAGCGUUCGGCAGUCUUGACGCGGCGCGCGUCAGCCUCGACGCAGAAAUUGUAAAAAUUGUGGCCGAUAGUCAAUUGUAACACCUGCAUAAUGUUCAUUAUAACUAAUAGUCCAUCAUUGAAAACGCAGGUUGCAAUAUUUACGGCGAUCUCGACUAUUUUUUUGGCCACUUGAUAACGUUUUCGGAGCAAUCGACCACACAAUCGAAUUGAUGCUCUCGUUGUUCUGCGUAAAGCCUCCUAAGCAACGAUUGACCUGCUGUGUCAUCCAGAGUAAUAGCUACUCCUCGAGAAAUUCCUUCGCGUCAAGAGGUAAUCAGACGAGAGAGAACCGAUGAACGUAGUCGACAGAGAAAUAAACGUAUGUUUGGUGCACUUUUGGGUACUUUACAAAAAUUUAGACAAGAGGAAACAAAACUUAAAGCGAAGGAAGAUAAAAAAGCAGAAGUAGAAGCUAGAGUAGAAGAAGCUAGAAGACGAGAAAAAGAAGAAUUGCGCAGAGAAAGACAACAAUUGUUUUUAUCACGAAAACAACAAUUGGCUCAAGUACGAGCAUUGGAAGCAAAACUUGCACGUACUCAGCAGUUUCAGGAGUGGCGCAAAGCACAGUUACCUCUUGCUUCAUUUAUAAAAACGCAUACACAACCUUCUCUUUAUUAUAUACCAAAGCGUAAACACCCACAGACAGACUUGUUAUUAGCGCAAUCCAUAAAAGAACUGAACGAAAAAAUUGAAAGAAGGGAAAACACAUUGAUUGAAGAAUUAGAUCUAAUAGAGGUUCAGAUAGGAUUAGGCAAACAUUCACAAAACUUUGAGGCGUCUUCAUCUUUACAUACUGUAGAAGCUCCACGUUUAAUAGAAGAGGGCGAAGAAAAUCGAGAUCCAAAUCCAGAACAUAAUAUCGAAGCCGCAAUCAAUGAUAAUGCUGAUAUUUCAAUGCAAUCCAUAAUAAAUGAAAAUUUUGAUAAUGAUAAUGAUCAUACUGUAGAGAAAAAGGAAGACGUACAGUUGGACCAAGUUCAACCAGAUGUAAACAAUGAUAUGUAAGAUACAUGCCCAAAGUUAUCAAAUUACGGGAUUUUUCCUUAAAGGAUGAUGGGUAAAAUGAUUUUAGCUUAAAAAGUGUAAUGUCAAUUAUGCAUAAUAUUUUAUAGUUUUUGAAUCGUUAAAUAUGAUAUCAGUUUUAUUUAUCUAAAUCCGUAAGAAAGUAGUCAAAAUUCACUUUAAAGUGAUCGAAAUAAGUCUCUCUUUCUCUCUCUCUCUCUUUCUCUCAUAAUUAUGUACUCGUAUUAGUCUAUUUUAUUUGAUUUUUUUAAUUGUAUUAUAGUUUAUUUCUAACUUUUUUAACUAAAAUGAAAAUUGUUAAAUUUCAAAAUUAGAGGAGGAAAUGGUAUUAGCCCUUCUAGGUAUUAAACUAAGAUUAUAAGCUACUCAAAAUAUCUUUGCUAUUAGGUGAUAAAUUCUGAUUAAUUAUGGAAUCAUUUAGUAUCUCGCUUGGGUUUAUUUUAAGUAAAAAAUAAUUAUUUACAGUUUUCUUCUAUACGAAAUAAACGUAUCAAAAGUACUUGUGUUAAAAUAUUAUAUUCAAAAACUAUCAAACACGAUUGCAAAAGAGAAGAGUUAAUCCAAUAAAAAAUAAAACAGACCUUUUUGUAUAGAAUUCUAACAACUAAACAUUUUUUAUAUAUGUGCAUUUUCGAAAAAUUCAUGAAAUUUUGUUUUAAUUAGUUUUACUUUUUUAAGAAAAAAUUAAGCAACAAGAGUGGAAAGAUCGGAUUGUUACAGUGGUCAUAGAAUUAUUCUAAUUCUAGUAAAAAAAACCUAUUAUUAUUAAAGUUUUAAUUUUUUUUUAUUGUGCUUGGGCAAUAUUGGAAUUUGACUAUUUUGAGAUUUUCCAUGUCUCCUAAAAUUAUUCUCAACUUAAAACUUUUUCUGAGAUUAACAUUUUAUCAUGUAGCAUCGUUUGAUAUACAAUUCAAUUUAAAUUUUGAAGGUUACAAAAAGGGCUAAGAAAACACUGAUCCUUUUUGGAGUCAUUCUUUUAAAUGUUUUAUCUAGAGUACUUUUAAUUAUUAAUAAAUUCAAAGAGUACUUUAGAAAUGAUAUUUAAAUUUAUUAUAUUCAGAGAAU